UCAGCCGGCACACAUCUUCCCUUCGAUUCUUGCAAUUCCAUUCUCUUCCCAGUUGUAGAAUUUUAAUUUUAGGAAGAUAAGCAUAGCAGGAUGACAUACCGGCACCAGCUGCUCAUGGUGUCCCUCCUGGCUACGCUCAUGACAAUGUCAUCUGCAGAUUUGCAGUACAAUUUCUACGACUCGUCAUGCCAGAACGUCGAGACGACCAUCAGGGGUGUCGUCCAUGGCAUGAUCGACGCGAACUCCAGUGUUGCUGCUGCCUUAAUUCGCUUGUACUUCCAUGAUUGCUUUGUCAUGGGCUGCGACGCCUCCAUCCUCCUGGACCCGACCAGUGCAAACGGCUCGCCAGAGAAGAAAGCCAUCCCCCUGGCCGAGGCUGGGUACAAGGCCGUGGACCAGAUCAAGGCGGCCGUCGAGGCCUUGUGCCCCGGGAAGGUCUCGUGCGCCGACAUCCUCGCCUUGGCCGCCCGCGACGCAGUCCUCAAAUCAGCCGGCUUCUACUACAACGUUCCCUCCGGCCGGCGCGACGGCAAUGUGUCCACUGCCUUCUCCGUCUUCACCAACAUGCCGUCGCCGUUCUUCGGCAUCGACAAUCUCGUAGCCAGCUUCGCCCGCAAGAAUCUCAAUGUCGACGACCUCGUGGCUCUGUCCGGAGCGCACGCCAUCGGCGUAGCGCGCUGCUCCGGCUUCACUAACCGGCUGUACCCGAACGUGGACCCUACGAUGGACGCCAGCUACGCGGACAAGCUGAAGAUCACGUGUCCGGGGCCGCCGGGACGCGACGUGCCGGACAACCUGGUGAACAACAGCGCGGUGCCGUCCAAUACGUUUGACAACCAGUUCUUCAAGAACGCCAUCGCCAAGCAAGUGCUCUUCACGUCGGACGCGGCGCUGAUGACCCGCAGCGACACGGCGGCGAAGGUGGCGGAGAAUGCUAAUGGCCUGACGACGUGGAAGGUGCGGUUCGCGGCGUCGAUGAUCAAGAUGGGAAACAUCGAGGUGCUCACUGGCGCGCAGGGGCAGAUCAGGAAGUCUUGCCGCGUGGUCAACAGCUAAAUCUACGGCGCGUGAAUAUAAACGUCCAGAAGCGUACUGGACAGUUUGCUGAUUCUAUAUUUUUUUUUUUACAUUUCAUUCUACCUCGUGUAAGGAUUAUUGGAGUUGCAAUUACUGUGAUACUGCAAUGUGUCUCCCGAUC